AUGAUUUUUUACAUCAACCAUGCUGAUUUUCUGUAUUUACUUUCUUUAUCCGCACACAUAGAUAACAGCUUCAUCGAAGACAUUUCACACAAGUCCUUUUCGACUGCAGCAGGGAAAACGCCAGAAAACUUAUUUGAUUUGCGUGCGCUGUCGUGCGUGGAUGCGGCAAAGCCACAAAUGGACUUACAACAAAAGAACUCGAGAGAAAUUCGAAAUAAUACAGCAAGACAACAGCACGGUUACAGCAACAAUGAUAAUAAGAGUGAGCCAUCAAUACAUGCCGUACAGCAGCAUCCGCAUCAGCAGCAUAGGCAGUCUCGUUUGACACUACGUUCCAAUUUCCCGCAUCAUAACAGUAAUCAGCAGCAACACUUUUGGAAACAAACUCCGCUGCAACUACAACAACAAUAUUUGAUUGAAGAUCGUCGAAAAUUCGACUCCUCACCAACCAUACGAAAUUCUGAAUCCGCGCUGAGAAGGUCCAACGAGGCGAAAAAUCUGGAAAGUAAAAAACGAGUUGUCAAAAUGCUUUUCGUUUUGGUGCUGGAGUUCUUUAUAUGCUGGACGCCACUUUAUGUGAUCAACACCAUUGCCAUGUUUAUCGGCCCAGCUAUUUACGAGUAUAUCGACUACACAUCUAUCUGCUUUUUUCAAUUGCUCGCGUACUCCUCAAGCUGCUGCAACCCUAUAACGUAUUGUUUUAUGAAUGCCAGCUUUCGGCGUGCAUUUCUCGACACAUUCAAAGGGCUGCGUAUGAGCAGCGGCACUAGCAGAAGGAUUGGCGAAGCAGACUUCAGCAGUUGUGUCAAACGACGAAAGCGGACGACCGGUGGUGGUGACAGUGUCAGCUGCACGCAGUUUCCAGCUCUCGCCACAAACAACUCAAUUUUAUUGACCAAUAAUACAAUUAUUGUCCCGAACAUCAACACAGCAAUGCAGAACUCACAGAUACCACAGAGUAAUUGAGGUUAUGAACUGAAAAACGGGAAAUGGCGUUUGUAGAUUAACUGUAGUGCGGGUCUGAAUACAUAUGUAUGUGUGAAUGGGCUCCACAAAAUCGGAAUUUCCAACAAUUUAAAAUAUCAACAAAUUAGGAAGAGCAUUCGGAUGCUGCCAAGUAUACUCCCGGAAUUUUUAAGAAUCAAUGUCGUUAUAAAUAAGUCCAAAUGUUAGCAAAACUUUAUUAUAAACAAUAAACAACGUUUACUUCGGUUGCAACUACAAUACCCUUCACAUAAUGUAAAGAUUCCGUACAACAACUUUGUUCUGACAGUUUAUAUGGCAGCUAUACGCUAA